AAAGAAAAAAAAAAAGAAAAAAUUCUACUCAUCCCCGCCUCUGUUAAAACUAUCUAAUUCCUCUUUCUAAGCAGUCUAAUUCCCGUGGAUCCAUCGGUUGAUGAUUUCAACUGUGUUUUGUUGAUUUUCUCGAAAUGGGUAUUUUUGAUGGAUUGCCUAUUUCCUCUGAGAAAGCUGUAAAUCUACUGAAUUUUAGUUUUAGUUAAUGAAUUUAGCGUUAAACUAACUGAUAAGUACACUCUUUACUUCAGUUUAUGACCUUCAAUAUCCUGCUGUUAUUAUUCAAUGAUUGUGCAUUGUGCUUUACCAAUACCUCCACAAUGGUUUCAAAUAGAAGUAUAAACGAUAGAAUUUUCUACUGCAAUUCAUGCCAUAAGAACUCAUUGAAUUUGUUAGAUAAAAGCUACAUUACAUUGGUUAAAUUAUUUAGGUUAUUGUGGGCUUUCCUAUUUUGUCUAAUUAAAUCUUGCUAAUGUAGUUUGGUGUUGGCUCCUCAGCACCUAGUGCUUUUGUAUGUAUAAGUUGUUAUGACAGCUUUCUGACUUUUUAAUGUUUUCUUAUUGAUUAACGCAGUAUCUGAAAGACGAGAUAUCUUCAAUAGAUGAAAGCUGGGCAGCUGCUCGUUUCGAUUCAUUACCUCAAGUGGUACAUAUUUUGACAUCAAAGGAUCGCGAAGGAGAAGUACGCUCUUUGAAGGAACAAAGUGUUGUCGUUGAGGAAGUUGUCGAUGAAGUUGUGCAUGCAUAUCAUAGUGGCUUUAACAAAGCAAUUCAGAAUUAUUCCCAACUUUAUCCUGCGACUGUUCAGUGAAUCGGCUGAAGGUAUUUCCAUUUUAAAGGUUGACUUGGCAGAGGCAAAGAAGCGCCUUGGCACCCGUAACAAGCAAUUGCAUCAGUUGUGGUCUAGGUCUGUCACAUUGCGCCAUAUAAUCUCGUUGCUGGAUCAAAUUGAAGGCAUAGCUAAGGUUCCAUCUCGUAUUGAGAAGCUUAUUGCUGAAAAGCAAUUCUAUGCCGCGGUUCAAUUGCUUAUCCAGUCAACAUUGAUGCUUGAGAGAGAGGGCCUUCAAGCGGUUGGUGCUUUGCAAGAUGUUCGUAAUGAAUUAACAAAGUUGCGUGGAGCUCUAUUUUAUAAGGUUUUGGAGGAAUUGCAUAGCCAUUUGUAUGAUAAGGGUGAUUACAGACUUUAACAGAAACCAAGUAAGCAUCCUUGAGAUGCUCAAGACAAAAUUCAAGGAGGAGGCCCUUAGAACCUACUUGUUCACUUUCUCCUCAUCUUACAACUCCCUGAGCUUGAACUGGCUUACAUCCAUGUUUGACCUGUCCGAAGCCCAGGUACACAGCAUUGUAAGCAAUAUGAUGAUUGUGGAGGAAUUGAAUCCAAGCUGGAGGCCAAGAUCGCGGAGGUGGUUACUCAACUGGUUACCAAAGCAACCGUUAUCAGGAUGCGGGAGAACUUCUUAUCAGACAAGUUCAGGGGCUAGAGGAGAUGCUUCAGCGCGCAUGGUCAGUCUCAACAGAACAGGUCGUGCUUACUAAGAGAGAUAGAGAGAGAAAUCAGCACAUAAGAAAGAAUUUUGAGAUUUGCUUUUACUACUACAUUUUUUACUACAACUCCGAAAUAUAUCUGAACCUCAAGUAGAGCUGUCAGGUUUAAGAUUUUUGCCUCUGAAACAUAUCAACUGCUCCUGUGAUUUUUGUUUAGCUGAACAAUGACAUUCCAUGUUCAUUACA